CGCGAAAUGGGGCAAAAACAAAGCGAUGGCCGAACACCCGUACACGUCUGAGGGGUGGGCCCGACCCGGUUCCGCCGGCUCGUCCCCCCGCUUUCCCCUCGCCUUCUUCAUCCCCCUCCUCCCUCUCCAUUCCUGGAUCUCCUCCGCCUCCGCCUCCGCCUCCGCCUCCCUCGCAAGGGGUCUCCCACGCAUCGCCGCCCGCCGCUGACGCGUGGGACCCACCCCUUCCCCCCCCCCCCACACCACCCGCCGCUUCCCAUCUCCGACAAGCGCCUACAACGCCGCAAGUAGCCCUAACCCUAGGUCGCUGGAUGCGCCGAUGGCCGCCGCCGCCGCAGCCUGCGUAGAGAGCCCCGACGAGGGCGUGGAGAUCCGGGAGGUAUGGGCGGGGAACCUGGAGGCGGAGAUCGCGGCGAUCCGCGACGAGGUCGACCGGUACCCGUACGUCGCCAUGGACACGGAGUUCCCGGGCAUCGUGUGCCGCCCCGUCGGCAACUUCCGCACCACCGACGAGUUCAACUACGCCAACCUCGAGGCCAACGUCAACAUGCUCAAGCUCAUCCAGCUCGGCCUCACCCUCUCCGACGAGGGCGGCGACCUCCCGCGGCGGGGGACGGGGGGCAGGCGCUGCAUCUGGCAGUUCAACUUCCGCGGGUUCGACCCCCGGACCGACCCGUCCAACGCCGACUCCAUCCAGAUGCUCCGCACCUGCGGCAUCGACUUCGAUCGGUUCGCCGCUGAGGGGGCCGACCCGAUCCGCUUCGCCGAGCUGCUCAUGUCGUCGGGCGUCGUGCUCAACGCCGACGUGCAGUGGAUCACCUUCCACAGCGGGUACGACUUCGGUUACCUGCUCAGGCUGCUCACCGGCCGGAACCUGCCGGACAACAUGCCCGCCUUCUUUGACCUCAUCAGAAUCUACUUCCCGGUGCUCUACGACAUCAAGCACCUCAUGAGGUUCUGCAGCAACCUCCACGGCGGCCUGAGCAGGCUCGGUGAGCUUCUUGAUGUCAAGCGUGUGGGGACCUGCCACCAGGCCGGCUCUGACUCGCUGUUGACCCUCGGGUGCUACAACAAGAUCAAGGAGGUGUACUUCAAAGGAUCGACCGAGAAGCAUGCCGGUGUGUUGUAUGGGCUUGUUAUUGAGGAUGGGGUGAACAGACCACCACCAACUCAGCCCAAUGAAUGAAUAUGGUUAGUUAAAUAAAACAAUCUGAAAUGGGAAAAAAAAUUGAAACUUUCGUUGGUGAAUAUAUGUUGUCUGAUCUGAUCUGAUGAUUUGCUUAUGGUUUCCAUGGUA